AUGGAUCCUCCUGAUGGAGUUGGCAUCAAAAUCUACAAUGCUUCACCGCAAGUGGUGCUUGAUCCAUCUACAUACCCUUCUUCAUCCCAAGAGCCUUCACUAUCGGUCGACGCACCUCCUCCUCCUGGUCCUCCUUCCACCCCCGGUGGUCGGAAAAGGCGAGCAGUCGCAAGCGGUUUCCAGAAAACACUGUCCAAAACAUCAAUGCUUGCAAACUUUCUACCAACCGGAACCCUUCUCACAUUUGAAAUGGUUCUUCCAUCCGUUUACGGUACUGGAGAAUGUUCACAUGUCACCACUCUAAUGAUCCUUCUCCUACUCGGGUUGUGCAUGCUUUCAUGCUUCUUCUUCCAUUUCACGGACAGUUUUCGCGGCCCUGACGGGAAAGUGUACUACGGGUUUGUGACACCAAAAGGGUUGUCAGUGUUCAAACAUGGGCUCGGAGUGGUUGUGCCUAAAGAUGAAAGGUACAAAGUUGGAUUCACCGAUUUUGUUCAUGCGAUCAUGUCAGUGUUGGUGUUUGUAGCCAUUGCGUUUUCGGAUCAUCGUGUCACGGAUUGCCUCUUCCCGAAUCAUGCAAAGGAAAUGGAUGAAGUGAUGAAGAGUUUCCCUUUAAUGGUUGGAGUGAUCUGCAGCAGCCUGUUUCUUGUGUUCCCCAAUACCCGUUACGGCAUUGGUUGUUCCGCUGCGUGA